UAUUUACCUUUUAUUCUUUUUGUGUUAAUUUUGCGUAUUUAGUGAGUACGUGCUUAAUUGGAAGGAAUAAAUGAUGUUUGCUAAUACAAAAAGACUUAUUGUUACAGUAAAUCGACUGGGUGCAAAAAACCCAUUGUGCUAUCGAAAGGAGUUAAAUGAUAAUUAUAAUCUUUCAGUUUUGAACAAACUGCAUAUAACUAAUGCGCGUUCGUAUAGUGCACGCAUUGCUAUAUUACCGCUACCUAAAAACAUCGAUCCAGCCGAAACAACACGCUUUUCACCAAAUCGUACACGGGACAUCUCUGGUCCCGUGAUUUUAUCUCAACGAUCGCAAUCAGUUUUAUCCAAGAUAACCACAGACAACUCGAUGCCUACAACGAAUGAUCCUCAUUUACAAUCGUAUGAUUGCUUUAAUGCCGCAAGUCUCAAUGCAGUUAUGCAAAGCAAUGUACCCAAUCCAUAUGGUGGAAUGCACAAGUUUACGCAUUUGAAUAUGCCUGGUGGGCAGUGGUCACAGGAGGGAAAAUUCAUGUCCAGCAACUUACAUAGUUCUCACUACACUAAUUUACGUGAAGACGUUCGUUCAAGCUGGGUGAAGUAUGACCAGGAUUAUAAUAUUAAUAAAAAAGAGUACGCAACUACAGCAACUACAAGCGUGUCGCUUUUAAAGCAUAAUCUAACAACAGCGGAUAGUCUGGAAAAACGUCAUUACUGUACAAAAGUGGAAGGCGACAAACAACCAACGGCGCUGAGCAAAAAGGAGCAGCUGAAAAAAGCAUUUAAAGAUUAUGGAUCUACGGUAAUAGUAUUUCAUGUGGCUAUCUCGUUGGCAUCGCUUGGAGCAUGCUAUUUGCUAGUUUCAGGAGGAAUAGAUAUUGUACCGAUUCUGGAACGCCUUGGUUUAGCUUCGUCGACGUUAUCGACUAAAGUAACUACUGGUGCUAGCACUUUUGUUAUUGCAUAUGCCAUACACAAAGUAUUCGCGCCAGUACGCAUAAGCAUAACAUUAGGUGCCACACCAUUUAUCGUACGAUUCAUGCGAUCCAAGGGUUAUAUAAAACCACCAAAAAUAUAAAUUUUAAAUGAAAUUAUUU